AAGCAUGGUUAUCCACCUCGGAAGGCUUCCAAAUCCAAUCAACCUCGUGAUGACCAACACUCUCACGACACUCGUCCAACAACAACAAAUGUUAAUUCUAGUCCUUCUGUUGUCGUUGUCGAAAAAUCUGCUGAUCCACCUAUGUUCACAAAGGAACAAUUUGACCAGCUACUUUCUCUCAUACCUGCCGGUAAUAUGACUCCUCUAGCAAACGUUGCAG